GGCAAAAAGCGAACCUCCCCCAUCGACCGUACCCAUCCUCCCUGGGAGCGCGUCGCCACACAGAGCAGCCGAGUGAGUGACAGCCAGCUGUGCGGUUAGCACCACAACAACACCCUACCGGACCCGAGACUCCGAGAGCUACCCUGUCCGUCGGAGAGCCGUCGUAUGCGUGUCCUAUCGCCGGUUAUUCCCGCCCCUGAUACUCGAGUUAUAUAUCCACACCUUAAUUAACGUCAACCCGUUUCUUAGCUAGCUAGCUAGAAGAGCAUUCCCCCCAACAUGAAUCCGUUGUGUGGCAGAUGUAACCGAGUCGUGUACCCCACGGAAAAAGUGAAUUGUCUGGACAAGUACUGGCAUAAAGGAUGCUUCAGCUGCGAAACCUGCAAAAUGACUCUAAACAUGAAGAAUUACAAAGGUUUCGACAAAAGGCCAUACUGCAACGCACACUACCCCAAGACAAACUUCACCGCCGUGGCAGACACUCCUGAGAACCGCCGCCUGAAAGAGCAGACCAAGAUGCAGAGUCAGGUUCUCUACAAGGAGGAGUUUGAGAAGAACAAGGGGAAGGGCUUCAGUGUGGUGGCAGACACACCGGAGAUGCAGAGAAUCAAGAAAACUCAGGACAACAUCAGCAACAUUAAGUACCAUGAGGAGUUCGAGAAGAGCAGGAUGGGAGGGGAGGCCCCGCCCCAUCAACCUAGCACCCCCACCUCAGCAGGCUACCAGCAGGCUGCGCCGUCUCAGAACUUCCACUACGAGCCGACCCCGGAGCCUGUCCGUCAGGCCGCCGCCGCCCCGCCCCCGAGCGCUGGGAAGCGCUACCGGGCGGUGUACGACUACGCGGCGGCGGACGAGGACGAGGUCUCCUUCGUGGACGGGGACAUGAUCCUGGAGGUGCAGCAGAUCGACGAGGGCUGGAUGUACGGCCGCGUGGAGCGCACCGGCCAGCGGGGCAUGCUGCCCGCCAACUACGUAGAGGCCAUCUGAGGAGGGGGAGAGGAGAGGGGAGGGAGAGGGAGAGGGGGGGAGAGCUGAAGGUAGUGAAGGAGGAGGGGAAAUAUGAAAAGCCCAGUGCCAUCUCAUCUAGCUACUGCUUUCUCUUGUUUUGAUUUCUUGUUUUCCUGUCUGUCCCGUGACCCCCACCCCUGACUAGUUGUCCGACCCCUUUCGCAUCCCCCCAUCCCUCGCUCCCUCCCUCCCCUCCUUCUGUAUGCGUCUAUUUCCUGUCCCUGUGCUGUUUUCUUUCUGUCGGUUUGGCCGUCUUCCCUUCUGGAGGUUUGUCCCUCCUCUGUUCCCUUAGCGUGGCAUCAUUCCCUUUUGCGCUGCCAAAUACUCAACAGUCUUAAAUGGAGUAACCUUCAUACGUCUUAUUAUGUCCGGGCUCCAGCCGCGGUUUGCCACCUCGCAUCCUAGCUGUAGCGCUAACAAUCUUUCAAACGAAAACAAAAGAAAAACAACAUUGCCAGGGGGGGGGGGGGGGGGGGGGGCGGUGAAUGAAUGAAUGAACGAAUGAAUAAACAAAUCAUGUUAUAGACCUCUCGUUAGCUAGCUGAUCAACACUCAGUUGCCAUGGUAUCAGAUAACUGCAGUUGCUUUUGUACAGACAGACAGAGAGAGAGCGAGCUUAAAGAAGGUGUGGGGAGUCAAACCUGUGUUGGUGUUUUGCUGUUUUUCCCCGUGUGCUCCUGGUUCCGUACUGGAAGACCGGCGGCGUUCUAACGAACCCCACUGGUAGACCAAGCCGGUCCCCAACGCGGGGAACCCCUAUUUUGACUUGUGUACAUUCCAUUGAAUUGACCACAAUACCCUCAGCGCUGUCGCCACAGACAGACCGAAUGAAUCCGUCUUACCAGAGAGGUUUUGUAUAUAUUUUUAUUUUCAGACUCAUCUCAAACUCCAAACUCCUUGCCUAGCAGGCACCCUGUGGGUAUUGCGAUUAAAAACUGGAAUCAUGGCCCGAAAUCAUGCAUAUCACGUGUGUAGAGAGAGAGUGAGUGGGGGGGGGGAGUGGGGAGGGAUGGGGGGAUGGGGACCUGUCAGAGUAGUAGCAGUCACCUGUGCAACCUCUCCUUCUGUUUUUAACCCCAUUCCCCACCCCUUUCCACUCUUUCUAACACUGCUCUCAUCCUACUCGACGGUUGCCAAUAGCAACCCGCUGUCACUACUACGGCGGUGGUCCUCGUUGCCUUUUAAAAAAAAAAAUCUUAAGCAGGAAGUGGAGUGGCGGGGGCGUGGCGGGGGCGUGGUUGGGGCGUGGUUGGGCGUGGUUGGGGGGGGGUUGUAAGGUGGGAGAUGGGCAGACGCCUCCCCGGUCCUGCAGAGAGACAGUUUAGAUUGGACACGGUUCAAGAAGGCAAAAGCACAAAGGCUGUGGUGUGAAAUGUUAAUUUGUGUGUUUUUUUAAAUCAUUGCAUUCCAUCGUUUGUUUUGUGUGCGUUUGUUUUGAGAGGGAGCAACCCAGUGUUGCGGCAGACGUGUGCGUCCGAGGUGUGUAGUGGUUGUGGGCGUCUUGGCGUUCUCGUGUUGGGUUUUCCUCCUUUUUUAUGUCGUUUGUUUGGUUUUGUUUCUUUGCUUCCAAUGUCAUUGUAAGAGGCUUAUUUUCAUAAAAGAAAAUGUCAACUGUAUGCCAUAAUAAACCAGCGAUUCCAAUUUUGAGCCGAGGCUGGCUAGUUUCAUCUGGUGACGACUGGAUCUCUUGACUGACAAUUGAGUCAACCGGCAGUUUGCUUGUUGUCAACGCGACAUAAAUCAUCUCUAUUGUUUCUUCGGGCUCAAAAUAAAAUGUGUAUCUCUAGCUAAUUGGUAAUCUGAAACGAAAUAAAUUCAACCACAAAAAUGUAAAGUUCGCUUCGGAAAUGUUACUCAACCCUUCGGUCAGCACUAAAGGUCAAAGGGCGACAGUCACAUGGUUACACAGCGGCUGAAUCCUAGGACGACUCGAAAAUAUAAUUCAAACGCGAGCUGAUUGGAAUUCAAACUAACCAUCCAGAAGUCAAAACCUAACGCCCACAACCAAUUCUCCCUACUUACUGACUGCAGGGUCAGGGUGGGAGGGGGCCCACCCUGACCAGGUACACACUGCUGCCCCCCCCCCUUCACCUGCUAGUUUCCCUGCACUCGGGACACUGUGACCUCCGUCAAUCUCUCAGAUAUCUCUCAGACAGAAGAAGGUGGUGUCCCCGCAUCCGCAUAUCGAAAGCAACAAGGUGCCCACUGUGUAGCUCUGUGACGGGGACUUUGUAAAGUUGUUCAUGUAUGUUAAGAAAACAUAGGAGUUAGAGAUUGUUUUUUGUUUACAGUCGUUGGUGCUAACGGAAAAAAAGGUUUGCUUGCAUUUGAUAAGAUUACGAUUAUGGUUCACGGUUUGUGGAUGUGAUUGAGGGGGAAAUGAUGUUGGUUUCGAACAGUUGACUCGUGGGAAAUGUAGUGUGGUGCAACACACGUCAAAACAAGUUAGCGUUGAAUAUUCAUGCCCUUUUGUUUUCUGUGGCGACGCUUAAUGGCUUCUGACAGCAUUGUUCAAUAUGAACAGACGCUGAACACAGCCCACCUCAACAUGGCUGCACAGAAGAGAGGAAAUGUGUUGCAUGCCUUGUGUUUUGCAUUCCACCUCUACCAGACAACUGGACCAGAAAUGCGAUUUUAAGGUGACUAAAGAAUAAAUAGUUGGUUUGGCCUCGGAAAUGAAGAAAUUAAACAAAAUGUAGGCCUACUGUGUUUUUUUUUUUAUAGUUUUCUUUUUAUCCAAGAUGAAAAUAUAAAUGCUAGUAUUGCUUCUUUAAAAAGCAGCUGCCGCCUUGGAACUUGGUGGUUGCCGUUGUAAAUGUGGGUGACACGUGGUGCCAAAGGUGUAGCCAAACAUAAGCACCGAUGAUGGAGAUGCCGUGAGGGACGGGGGGUGUGUACCAAGACUGGGAAGUCCUCAACCUUCCCGCCCUGACAAGUCGACACCACCCUGUUGAGUGAGGGACUGACCAAGAUGUCAGUCCAGGUGUUGACCUAUUUUAUUUUCUGUUUUUGCGCCAAUUACGCUCUAUGCUCCUACCGUGGAACCCCUCCUCUACUGUAACACGAUGUUGUCUCGUGGUCCCAUGGUUGCCAUCCGGUCGCCCUCCCUCUUUUUGGUGUCUUUGCUCAUCCUGCAGCUCGCAGCCUUCCCCCUCUCCUCUCCCUCACUGCUUACCCCUGUUAGGCCUUCUAGGUUUCUGAUCAAUCAUUCCCUGCUCCUGUGAUCCCGGUUAUAUAGACGGUUACGAUACAAAACGAUGUAAUCCACCAUACCCAACCCUGUACUCCAAUGCAUUGUGUGCGCGUUCCAUCCUAAAUGGGUUUGUUUUGAUAUAUUUUUUAACAAAAAAAGUUGAUGACCGCGUGUACACUCACCUGUUCACGGGAUGUCCGAUUGGAGAAUACGAUGGAGUCUGAGGACCUGACGUCAUUUCUUGUUGCCCUGUUACAGCACUUCAAAUUGUACUUAUGAUUCUGCAGAUUCAAUAAAAUGUCUUUUUUUUUCUCAGA